CUCCAUGAUGCCAAUCAUGACAAUUCCCGAGUCGGAUUUCGAAGUGAGCGAAACACGGCAUCGGGUCAUGUCAUGUCAUGCUCAUGGUUCUGGUCUAUGGCGCCAUGGAGGUGAAGUCGUCAUGAUCAUGGUCGUUCGAUGACUUUCUCUCUACCCCUACCCUUGGGGUCUUAAUCCACCGUUCCCACAAACCCCACCUCACUUUGCGAGUCUGCAUUUGUCAUUUUAUACAUAUACUUGGCCAUCUAUCGUCGUGGGGCUCCUCCAUAUGAAGCUCUGAAUCCUCUCUACAGAGAUACGGUUUGUGUUGAUAUAGAAUACUAUACUACUUUCUCUCAGUCUCUGAGAUAUACUUGGCUGUUACCUUUUUUCGGGACUUUCUCUAUCAAUCAUCUGCCACUGGUACUGACGUCAAGGAAACGAGAUAUCAUCUAAAUCAGAACUCGGUUGGACCUCAGAAUACAUCUUACCACCAUGCCUACCUCAUUCAAAUCCGCCCAUGUCUACACCAAAGACAAGACUGGCCUCGAUGUCAGGAUUGAGGAGAAGCAGCUUCCUAUUCAAUUGGAUCCCAAUCAACUUGUGAUCAAGGUCAUCGUCUCCGGAACCAACCCCAAAGACUGGAAAUAUCCCAUCGUAUUCGCACCCAAGAUGUCCGGUCUCAACACCGGCGACGACAUCGCUGGAAUCGUGCACUCCGUCGGAUCCAACGUCACGGAAUUCAAACCGGGCGACCGCGUCGCCGCAUUCCACGAAAUGGGCAAACCGUACGGUUCGUUCGCCGAAUACGCCGUCGCGUGGGAGAAGACCACAUUCCACCUCCCCAAGGAAACCAGCUUCGAAGAAGCCGCCACCAUCCCGCUUGCCGCCAUGACCGCCGUCGUGGGUCUGUACGCCCGCCUUGGCCUCCCCGAACCAUGGGGCAAAGUCUCCCAAGCCGGCGACGACGCACGUAAAGGCGGCGUUAUCGUCUACGGAGCCGCUGGCGCAGUCGGCGCUUUCGCAGUCAAACUCCUCACUCACGCCAACGUCCACCCGAUCAUCACGGUCGCUGGCCGUGGUAUCCCAUUUGUGGAAACCCUCAUCGACAAAUCGAAAGGCGAUGUCGUCAUCGAUUAUCGCAAGGGCGAUGAAGCCGUCGUUCAAGCUCUCAAGGCGGCUGUCCCUGCUGGUCAGAAAGUCAAAUAUGCAUUUGACGCUGUCAGUGAAAAGGGUUCGUAUCAAAAUAUCUCAAAGGUUCUGGAUCCCGAAGCGGGACAUUUGUCGUUGGUCUUGCCCGGGAAGAGUUACGAGGGGAUUCCAAAGGGGAUUACUCAGACUAUUACCACUGUGGGAAGUGUGCAUGGAAAUCCGGAUGAUUUGGGGGAUUUGGGUUAUGCGUGGUUUAGGCUGUUUGCAAAGGGGUUGAAGGAGGGUUGGUUUUCGGGUCAUCCUUAUGAGGUGAUUCCAGGUGGUUUGAAUGGUGUGCAGACUGGAUUGGAGAAUUUGAGAGAUGGGAAGGCAUCGGCGGUUAAAUAUGUUUACCGUAUUGAAGAGACCGAGGGGUUGAGUAGUAAGAUUUAAAAGGGUCCGUGAGCUCUCACGGCUCGUGGAAU